CACUUAUGGUGCAAUGCCAAUGUGUACAAUAGCAAGGAAAAAAAAAUGGUAAUAAUCACUACCCAUUUUCACCAAAGUUUGCCAGAAAGCAAAGCAACCAUGCUUUUAAAGUUAGAAAUCGAGCUACUUCAACUCAACCCAGAACACAACUGAAACCAUCAAAAGACAGAUUUUUAUGUUUUCUUUUUAAACGUUCUAAUUCUAGUUUCAUUAUCUUUCUUGGCUUUCUAGUUGCUUUAAAAGCUGAAGUAUUUGAGAAGAGAUGUAUAUGUAGAGAUGUUUCCUGAUUAUUGCAUGAGGAGAUCUGCUUGUCAGGCUUGAGAAGCAAAUUGGAAGAAAAUGGGGUGCCUGCUAUCUACACCAGACGUUGCAGGGGUAACCAGAAGGAGACAAAAGAAUAUUGGGGAAAUUGUAGUUUUUGUUCCUGGACUGAGAAUUCCUAUGCCACUUGAUUUUGCUCAGCCACUUGGUGAAGGACUAUCCAAGAGUUUGGUUGAACGUCUAUCAGCACUUAGAACACGUAUGGUGGUCAUGGCGGGUCAAGAAGCACCUAUGACUACUAAGCCCAGAAGAACAGCUACACAACAUGGAGGUUCAACGUUGGCUGAUCUGCAGCAGGCUCUUGAGGAUUACUUGCCAGUUUUGUUGGGGCUAGUUGAAAAUUGUAACCAGUUAAAACAUAACUUGCAAUUCUGUUGGAUAAAUCAGGAAGAUGAUGGGGAGGAAACUACCAUGUCAGAUUCUUGGUAUGAGUUACUAUCAGUUUUGCACUUGAUGGCAAUUCUAUCAUUAUCACAGGCCAAUAUAUUGCUUCUUCGUAACACAUCUGCUGAUGGUUAUAAAUCUAAAAUAUUAGAAGAGUGCAAACGAGCAUCCGUUGAUAUUUUAUUAAAGGCAGCGGGAUAUCUGGAUUUUGCUGUCCAGCACGUUCUACCCCAGUUACCCUUGGGACUCAGGAAUAAUUUGCCAUUAGACCUGACAGAGGGAGUGCUUAAAGCCCUUUGUUUGCAAGCAUUAGGCCAGGGUGUUGAGAUUCAACUGGGAAUGGCAAUUGAUAGUAUUAAGGCCACCCUGGCAGUGAAAAGGAGGCUAGCAUGUGAGAUGGUUAAAUACUGGCAUCAGGCUCAGGAGUACAUAAUGGACCUUCCACUAGCAAAUGGAUGGGGAGAAAAGCACAAGCUUUUUAUUCAGUGGAAGCAUGUUGAAGCUAAGGCUAUUGCAUACUAUCUUCAUGGAUUAAUCCUUGAAGAGGGAAACACAUCUGCUGAGAUUGCAGCAGCUGCUCUACAAGCAGCAGAAGAGUAUCUCAAAGAAAGCAGAAAGGCUUGUGAAUCCUUCCACAUGACACUUCCUGCAUCACGUAAUCCUCCUCUCUGGGGAGCUAGCAAGUAUCUUGCUGAGAGGAUUCCAAAAGAUAUAUCAAGCAAAACAAUCAAUUGGGACUCACAAAAACAUGAAAUGAUUAUGCAGUUGGCUCCAGCAUUGCCAGACUUUGUUUUGUCCUUAAAACCUGAUGAGUAUCAGCUUCCUUCAAUGGAUCCCUCAUGGAAUGAUUUACAAGUUCAAAAUUUGUUUCCUACCAAGUGAAGCCUCAAAAAACAUUAGAUGUGUGUCAAAUAUUGAAAAAACAAGUGUAAAACAUCUCAAGGAUCUUAUGAAAGCUGUUGAAUGUUUCCAAUGUUUAUUUAUGAUGGUUACCUUUUCUUUUCU